CUUUUCCCCUCCCCCGUCCCUGACCUUUAGCCCCAUGGCUGGGGAACUAGAACCAGGAUGUUUCUGUCCUGAAUGAGCUUGCAGUCUCUUAUGAUUGGUCCAAAGUAACUAGCAGCACGGGCUGAGUUGCUUAUUCAGGGCUCCUAGCAGAGCUAUGCAGAAGUUAUUCUCAGUCUCUCUUCCAGGACACCCCCUGUAGGACUUUUUCUCUGGGCUGCAGGACAUUUCUCUGGCUGAAUCCUGCCAGCAUGGUGGUCGAGCUUUUCCUGGAUCUCCUAUCCCAGCCCUGCCGAGCCCUCUUUAUAUUCGCCAAGAAAAACAACAUCCCAUUUGAGUUCAAGCAUGUGGAGCUGAUAAAAGGGCAGCACCUUAGUGAAGAGUUCGGGAAGGUUAAUGUUCUGAAGAAAGUGCCAGCGUUAAAGGAUGGGACCUUUACCUUAGCAGAGAGCAUCGCCAUCCUUCUCUAUCUGCGCCGAAAAUUCAACACCCCUGACCACUGGUACCCUUCAGACCUGCGGAAACGGGCCCGGGUUGAUGAGUACCUGUCCUGGCAACACACUGCCAUUCGGGAGAAAGGCUGCCGAAUCUUCUUCACCAAGGUGCUGAUGCCUCUCGCGGUUGGGCAGCCGUUUUCUCCAGACAAGCUAGAGGAGGCUGUCAAGGAAAUGAAUUUCACCCUAGUGCAGUUUGAGGAGAAGUUCCUGCAGGACAAGCCCUUCAUCGUGGGCAGCGAGAUCUCCCUGGCAGACCUGGUGGCUAUUGUGGAGCUCAUGCAGGUGAGUGUCGGUGCUACCGGUUCCAGCCAGACGUCAGACAGAGGCUACAUCUGCCAAUGUGGUUUUUGCUUUUGUCUCGGCUUUGCGGACAGGCCCAAGCUGGCAGCAUGGCGCAGCCGGGGGGAGGAAGCGGUGGGGAAGGAGCUCUUCCAGGAAGCACACAAGCAAGUCCUUAAUGCCAAGAGUCUGGGAUCCAUGCAGCUUUCCUCAGAACUGAAGGAGCAUCUGAAACAGAUUCUAAAGCCUUGAAUUAAAAAAAGGGAAAGUGACCCUCUAAGCAAAGCUAA